UAUUGUCUGCUGCUUGUGUGGAGAAAUGUGGCGCGGAUUCUCACUGCUGGUUUUAUGCUGUGCUGUAAGUGGUCUUGAUGCUCACGAGGCGGACAAAAGCGAUGACCCCUCGCUUCAGAAGAUGCUGUUGACCGAGGCAGCAGAGCUGGGCACUUCGGACAAGGAUGCUCCCUCCGCGACUAAAGUGGAGAGCAGUCUGCGGGGAGGGGAGCAGCAUUCCCCGGGGAGAGACGCUCCUGUUCUAAGUGCGGAGGGGAGAGCUCAGCAGCCCACCGCUGAGCCUCUGGAAGAUGAGCUGGAUAACCAAGAGAAUAUCAUUAGCCAGUUGCUGGGCGAUUACGACAAAGUAAAGACUGUGUCGUCAGGGUCCGACUGUGUGUGUCGCUGUAUUGUUCGACCGAUCAAACGCUCUGACUGCAGCCGUAUCCAUGACAGCGACCUGGCAUCACCAUCCCGGGAUUUUUACACCGUGGAGACAGUUACCAAAGGAACAGACUGCAAGAAGUGUGUGUGCAUGGCUCCGCCUUCAGCCGUCAACCCCUGUGAAGGAGAGUACAGGUUUAAAAAACUACAAGACGCCAGCAAAGAUGACAUUAAGCUGGCGACUAUUAUUGACUUGUUGGAGGGCUCUCUGUACGGAAUGGACUUGUUAAAGCUCCACUCUGUCACCACCAAGCUGCUGACCAGGGUGGACAACGUGGAGAAGGCUUUUGCCCGUAAUUUUACUGAGAAAGCAAGAGAGAAAGAACAUGUGAAGGAAAGAGCAAAAGAGAAAGAGAAGAAGGCUCAGCAGAAAAAAAAGAAAGUGAAUGAUUUGGAGCGUACAGGACAGAAAAGUGGAGCAGCUGCCUACGGCAACAAACAGAAGAAUCCUGAAGGUCCGCUGAAGAAGAACGAACAGCAUGAUGGUCUGGAACAACAACCGCCAACCAGGAAUAAGACAGGAACUCAAAAGCCAAUCAAAGACCAGACAGAGCCAAAGCAGCCAAUCAAAGACAAGAACAGCAUGGUCAUCAGGGGUGUGACCUUCUACAAGGCAGAGGAGAGCUACAAAGAGGAGGACGAGGAAGGGAAAGGAAAACAUACAACUCUAACUACAAAUGUAUCGGUGGACUUACUGAUCUCUGACCCGCUCCCACCUACCAGGACUUUCCCCACCAAGAGUCCAGGACCUUCAACCACUGUUAGCACCCAACUAGACUUCCAGGACCUAUCAAGGACACUGAGCAGGCCAGCGCCCACCCAGCAACCAACAGCUCCCCCAACUACCACCCAACAAACCACAACUCCAACAAAACCAGUUCCCACAACCAUCAAACCAACAACUAAAUUAACUACAAAAUCAACAACAACCAAACGGACGACUACUUCCCAACAAAAUACAACUCCUAUACAGCCUACCCGGCACGCCAAUCAGGAUACCACCUCACUCUCAGAUACCAAUAUAAGUCCACCUACUGCUGCGUCUCCCACAGCAGAGUCUCGGCCAGGACCCAAAAGUCGACUCAGCUGGACGGAGAACCCCGCUGACCAACCAAAGACCACAAAAAAGCCUGCAGUGUGUAAGGACACAUUAGCCAGUAUCUCUGAACCGGUUCAGCAGAACUCUUACGGCCUUAGUCACGGAGCCUGGAUGAGAGAUGCUCGCGGCCAUGGCAACGUCAUCUACCUUACUAACGGUCACUAUGGCAGCAACCUCCUAGAGUUCCGAGACAUGGACACCUUCAAAUCAGGUCAGGCAAGUAAUUCAUACAAGCUGCCCUACAGUUUCACUGGAACAGGCCACGUCGUGUUUAAUGGAGCUUUCUACUACAACCGUGCCUUCAGCAGGGACGUCAUCAGAUAUGACCUGAGACACAGAUAUGUAGCUGCCUGGACCACACUACAUGAUGCUUUACUGGAGGAGCAAGUUCACAGGACACAAACUGAAGUGGAGUUUGCUGUUGAUGAGUCUGGCCUGUGGCUGCUCUACCCCGCUCUGGACACAGAGGGUUUCCACCAGGAAGUAAUCCUGCUCAUCCACCUGCGCCCUCGAGACCUGCAGCCAAUACAGAGCUUCCGCACAGGUCUUCGCCGCGGUCGCUAUGGAAACAGCUUCCUGGUUUGCGGCGUGCUUUAUGCAGUGAACAGUAUGGAGGAUCGCUACGCUAAUGUGACAUACGCCUUUGACACACACACGCUCACACACACUGUGCCGAGUCUGGCGUUCACGAACAUGCACGCACACACCUCUCAGCUGGCUUACUGCCCACUAGACAAGAAACUGUACGCAUGGGACAAUGGACAUCAGAUGACGUAUGAUGUCGUCUUCGCUUAUUAGAACAACGAUCGGACACAUACAGUAGUUGAAAGAUUGAACAGCAAUUUAGCAUAUCCAGCAAGAGGUCCAAGCUAAGCUGAGGACAGAAGAAAUAAGAUAAUAACUGAACAGAUAUUUUAUCAAUGUUUUGUAUCUGAAUGACUGUGGAUCAGUCUAACUGAAUGUGUUAUUAUAUUGACCUCAGCUGCUGCUUUGUCACACACACAAAAGUCAGUAUCAAGCAGCAACAUAUUCACAUUUGGGAGAAAACCAAAAAAAAGAAUAUAAAUACAUGUAUUCACAUAUUUCUUUCCAAAGAUUCCUCUGAAUUAAAAACUAUGUAUACCUGUCCAUCUGCAUGUUCAGAUUGUGAUUUAGAAAUCACUGUGGACAACGCAUUCUCAUGAACGGUUUUGUACGAUAUUGUACGAAAAUGUAUGCACAUCAAUUUGUAUGAUAUCCUACGAAAUUAGGCGACCACCUGCUGGUCAUAUCACGAUGGCUACAGAGCUCCGUGAGCUGUCGCUCGUAUCAGUGGCAGUUGGUAGUUGAGUUUAGCUGACAAAAGGUUACUGGGAGCCAGCUACAGGGCUCUGAGAGAUGAGAGGUGAACCGUUUCAGUUGAGUUUUGCAUACAAAAAGUGAGCGUCACGCAGCGAAGACGUUUAGCUUAGGCACCAAAACGACUAGUUAAGUUUAGGAAAAAGAUCGUGGUUUGGAUUUAAACACUUAAACAACUCCCGAGGAACGAUCAGGCAUUUCCUGGGUGAAAGUCUUUUGUUUUCGCCGGGAAGCGAACUCUGCUACCUGGCUUCAAAAUGCUGUGUUUUAUGACCCACCCAUCCACCCUGAUCUCCUCCCUAUGUGGUCAACAGCAUUCUUACACAGCAGCAGUCAAUGUGGUGCAUAAAAUAUGUGGAAUACGUAAAGGUUAACGCCCGACAAGGUGUCCAUUGUCAGGAAUUAAUGGACGACGGAGGAGGCAUGAAUCAUCCGACGCGCAGGGCCUACUAAAAUGGCCUGCUGUAGGUCCUUCCUGCAGAUCAUGGUAUAAAUACGAAUUAUAGUGCAUUACUUUUUGUAACUAUAUGUACAAAUGGUUCAUGAGACCAGCCUGCUAAUGGUUCUAAAAAUGCUAAUAAUUAUCCUGUUAAUUGCUGGAACCGCAUGUUCUUGAAGAAUCAAGAACAUGCGGUUCCAGCAAUUCAGUUGUUGGAAAAAUACACACUUUCUCACAUCAUGUUUAUUUUUCAUAAACGAUGAUCACUGUGGAGGAGCGUUCUCCAUACAGUCUGUACACACUUUAAUUUCACAUAGAAAAACACAAUGCUCAUCGAAGCUUUCUGCCUCUAAACACAGAUCAGCCUUUGGUUUCUGUUGUGACCUUCUAUAAAUUCAGUGCUUAUAGGAGUUCUUAGUAUCAUGUAAAGUGGGAUUUUUUUAGAUUUUUUGGGGGGCAUUUGUUGGCCUUUUAUUAAUAGGACAGUUGUAGACAGUAAAUGGGGGAGAGAGAGGGGGAAGACAUGCAGCAAAAGGGCUGCAAGUCAGAAUCAAACCCUGGGCCACUGCGGUAAGGACUGAGCCUUGGUACACGGGGCGCACACUCUACCAGGUGAGCUACCAGGGUGCCCUGUGUAAAGUGGGAUUGAUCUAGUCUGUACAAAAUAUGUGAUUUAACUCAUAUUAAAGGGGGACUUUGCAGAGUUUAGGAGGGAGCACUAUUCAGCUUGUGAAAGCAGUUGUCUGGGAGAAUGAUGUUUAUGAUGUCAUCAGGGUUAUUAUCUCAGCUGCGGCUUUAAGACUACAGGGUAUGAGCCUGUGUUGAUUUGUUUACCUUUUUGUUUAGUUGAAAAAAAAAAAUCUUAACUCCACUAACUAGCUUGUUCAUAACUUCUAUGCUGGGUCGGGUUGCUGCUAGGACAGGUCGGGUGAAAAGAUGUUAUUGAUUACAUUGUGGGAUAUGUAGGAUCCAGUGUUUUGGGGACUAAAAGUUAAAAUAUCUUGGACUCUUCUCCAUCAAUUUUGACAAUAUUUUAAAUCUGUCUCUUGUGAAUCCCCUUACUUUAUGGCAGUGCAACAGUUAAGUGUGGAGUUUCCCUUUCAAGGGGCUGUACCCGAAAUACUGAAAAAAACAGCGGGCUGGGAUUGCCUCCACACGACAAUUCCCCAAUACAUUAAAUAACUGUUUUGUUUUUUACAGCCACAUGCACUAACAUGCACGUACGGAUACGAAACACACAGAGGGAGUGUGACUUCAUUCUCUGCUCAGGUCACAAUUACUCCACUAUAUCUUUACAUAGAAAAUAGUUGUUUACUUAAUGUGCUGAAUGUCGAGUACAGUCCCUUUAAGACAGCCAUGAAAGAACUCUGAACUCAUUUUGCUGUUGUGUUAAGUUAAUUCAUUAAUCAUGUAUUCACGACAUGUGCCAUAAAGGCUUAUGCCACUAAAAAAAUCAACAGCUUUCCAUAACCUAUGUUCAAUAAGAUACUGUAAUAGUGCCAAGUCAGAAACAGAUUGUCAAGUAAACCCAGACUUUACCAAUCAUGUGACUUUUUACCUUUGCAUAUUGACCAUGUGAUCAUUUGCCAAUGAGCUAUAAGAUACAGCUCAAAGGUGACCAAUUUUUACUUGCCCUGAUGAAAGCCUUAAUGGCUGAAACGCGUUGGCAUGUUUUAAUGAUAUAGCCAAGAAGAUAUUAAAGGCUUUUAAACUUUACCCUCUUGAGUGCCUCAGUUUCCUUCAACCUUUUAAAACUAAUAGGAUCCCCAAACUGAAGAGCACCUUAAGAUACAUAUACUUCAUACUGUAAGUGAUGCAUCUAACAUCAGUGUAAUGCCUUUAUUUUCAGUAUGUAAUGAAGCAGCAGCCUUUUUUUUAUAUGGUCAAAGUCUAUAAUGUAUGUUGUUUUUUUUUUGUAUGUCUGCUUAGCGUGUUGCAUAUUAACCUAAACUCCUGUCCAGUAAUGUUCUUAUCAUAAGGUUUUAUUACAGGUGGGAACAGGAAAGGAAGCUCUAACCCUGGUACAGUUGGUGCUACCAUUGAAGUUCAUUCAUCUAAAACCAUUUUCAAACUAGCACAUACUCCACACUGCUUUGCUUGUUGAAGAAAAUCCCAAGACAAGGUUGAUUUUAACUGCUUUACCUUUUUGUUUUGUUAAUUUAUAAUAAAAUAUUUCAAAAAGA